CUUUCUCUCUCCAUGAUGGGGUGAUGCCCUGGCAGUGAAUAGUGCUGAUGCCCCUGUGGUCACUGCCCAGGAAAUGCCCCUGUCUGGUGCCGUUAUCACCAUCCCUUUGGAGCCAGACAUUCCUCCAGACCUGUGCCCCUUCAUCUCUCUCUCUCCCUUUCUCUAUCUCACUCUCCCACCCUCUCCCUCUCGCUCCCUCUUUCUCUCUCUCCCUCUGACUGUCCCCCCCUCUCUCUCCCCCUCUUUCUCACUUGCUGUCUUCAAAUCUUGUGGCACUUAAUUUGUGUCGACUCUGUCUCUGGACUUUCUUUUCCCUGUCUGCCCUUUUCCUCUUUCUCUCUCUCUCUCUCUCUCUCUCUCUCUCUCUCUCUGUUUCUUUCUCCCUCCCUCUCAUUGUGUUGCAGAAUGGCAGAGCGAACGGUCCCACAUGCGUAUCCUAUGAGUACCCAGUAUGAGCUCAACUCACCAAGCUGUAUCUACGACCAAACAUUCGGAGAGGCCUUAACUCCACAGGACUUGUUGACCCCCACCCUCUACCAUGGAUACUACGUACGUCCACGAAUCACCAAGCAGCUGGAGCGGGGCUUCUCACAGAUAGAGGAGGAGUCAGGAAUGUGGCGCGUUCAAUUGGACGUCUGCCAGUUUACCCCCGACGAGCUCACCGUGCGCACUGUUGACAACCUGCUGGAGGUGACAGGAAAUCAUUCCCAGAAGCAAGACGCCCACGGUUUCGUCAGUCGGUCCUUCACACGCGCCUACAUCCUGCCUGCGGGUGUGGACCCCCUCCUGCUCCAGGUCCGCGUGUCACACGACGGCAUCCUCACAAUGUCCAGCCCCAGAGCCACCCCCGAGCUCCCCGUCACACACCUAUGCACCAUACACACCGACAAGGCCCCCAAGGCCCCUAAGAAGUCCUAGAAGGGAAGCGGCCUCUGCAAAUGAGGCUCCAGCGGCUGGACUGUCCCACCAACCAGAGGUUUGAAAACAUCUGAAAUAUCCCAAGAUGAUCUGGAAAGGACCUCACUGGGAGUGGACGUGUCACCUCACCCGUAACGUUCCGGAAGCUCCAAACCCCUUCUGGAGGUCUGGGAGAGAGGAAGGGUUGAGUUACGGUGUUGCUGUCCUGACAUGCACAGUUCAUGAACACACCGCUCUAACCAACAGCGUCUGUGGUUGAUGGAUACACAGUCCAUCAGUUGAACAUCACCUCCCACAGAUUAUGUCCGUAGCUCUCGUGCUUGACUUAGAGUUGUGAUAAUAAAAAGUAGUCUGGUAUACUAACUGUCUGCGUUUAAUAUGUCAGGCCUCUAAAGCAAGUCCAUUUUUGUAGCAGCCUAUUUGCACAAUUCUAUGUGAUCUAUUUGACAUUACAAUCUCAAUGAGCGCUUACCUCCCAAUGCUUCAAUAAAAUCCGACAGACAAAUUGA